UCAUACCGGCGGUUACCAAUAGGGGGCGAAGGAGAGCAGCGGUUGGAAAAGUGAUUCGUAGAGGUAGUAGCAUCCAAGUUGUCCUGGUCCUGGCCCCGCUUCCUUUUCCGCCUUGGACCCAACGGAGUAGCAGUAGCGGUAGUAGCAGUAGCGGAUUUCAGAGUUUUUCAAAUCGGAUUUAAGAUUUCAAACAAGAUCAUGUCGUCGUCAUCAUCGGAAGGAGAGGAGCUUCUGACACUGGUCUUGUUGCAUCGUCGGAGACGGCGCCAGCGCCAGCGCCAGCGCCAUCGGAGAUGGUACGUUAGACCGUUAAACCAAAGCCGGGGGGAGACUGGAGAGUUCGCCAGCCUUGUCUUGCCCAUGCGGGGGAUUGACGAUGAAAAGCACCGGGAAUAUUUUCGGAUGUCGUCAGCUUCAUUUGACGAUAUUUUGCGACGGAUUUCCCCGCUGAUUCAGCACCAGACCACACACAGCACGUGUGUGACCGCCGCAGAGCGACUGGCCGUCACCCUGCGCUUCAUGGCGACCGGGAUGAGCUAUCGAACUUUAGCAGCCAGUUACAAGCUUGGAACAGCCACCGUGGGAUGUAUCGUGUCUGAAGUAUGCCAGGCUAUCUGGGCUGCUCUAAAGGAUGACUUCGUGGCCCACCCCAGGAUUGAUGCUUGGUCUAAAAUAAAAGAAGAUUUCAGUGAGCUGUGGCAGUUCCCCAACUGUGUCGGAGCCAUCGAUGGCAAGCACGUCCGGAUCCGUGCUCCAGUCAACAGCGGGAGUGGUUUUUUUAACUACAAGGGCUACUUCAGCAUCAUCCUGAUGGCGGUGUGUGAUGCCAGGUACCGAUUCACUGUUGUGGACGUAGGUGCUUCUGGGCGUGAGAGUGACUCAGGGGUGUUCACAAGAAGUGCCUUUGGGUCCCAGCUCAUCCAGGGGGACCUUUCCCUACCACCACCAUCUGCCCUACCUGGAAGUGAGGUGCUCUGUCCUCCAGUCUUUGUUGGUGACGAGGCAUUCCCUCUGAAGACCCAUUUGAUGCGACCAUAUUCAGGCACCAACUUGUCAGCAGAGCAGCGCAUCUACAACUACCGCCACUCCAGAGCACGACGAGUGGUGGAGAACGCCUUUGGCAUCCUGGCUGCACGGUGGAGGGUGUUUGGGAAGGCCAUGGAGUGCAGUGUGGAGACAGCAGAAGUGGUGAUAAAGGCGUGUGUUGCUGUCCACAAUUAUCUCUGUGGUCUGGACCGGUCUGAACAGGCCAGGUACAUCCCCAGCACCUUUGUGGAUUCCACAAAUGGCCAGGAUACGCGAGACAUCCUUGCUGAGGAUGACGACGUCUCCACACCCGGCCUCAUCAGUGCUGGGCUACAGGAAGGAGAAGGAGAAGAGGCGUGA